CUCACUCAUGUGAAGCUGAGCAUGGAGGACACAUGAAUGCCAGUAUAGCAGUCUUUAUACAGCCAAGCUUUCAGCUCAAGCACACACAUGGCUUUGGAAGAACCACACAGAACCUUGGGAAAGGUCACCACUGUAUUUGCAACCAAGCUAAAGUCUUUCACCUUUGUGCCGUUUCUAAAAAGACUACCUGUUGAGAACAGGGUCUGGAAAAAGGUACUUCAGACAAGCAGACCAAGCAAGACUUCACAAGAGCCAGGGGACAUUAAAAAGAGCAUGGCGGAAGAGGGAGUCUACAACGCAGAGGUUGUUUACGUCCAAGACCCUGAAGAGCGCCAGCUUGAAGAAACGCUCAAGAACACCACUCAAAGUGAGAUUCAGUCAACUGACAAUUUAACCCUCAAACCACUCACCAAGCUAGCUGGUCCUCACACAGAAUUUGGUAGCAAACCUCCCGAGCCUAGCCCUGCCACCAUGGAAACCGUUGAUAACAAAUACCCUGGCAUUUCUCAGCUAGGCUUUCACAACACUUCAGAGGCUGCCGAGGUCAGCUCAGGUCUGUUUUUAAAUAGCUCAUCCCAGAGAGGGGAGGCCCUUAGCCCUGCCAGCUCCAUGGAUUUUUGUACUUCCCCUGCUUCUUCUAAGGAGUCUAUUUUCUCCGAGGGCUGGGACAAAGAGAGGAGCUGGUCAGCGCUCAACAUGUUCUCACGGGAUGGUUCUCCUGGCCCCCUUAGUGGCACAGUUUCCCCGUGUUCUUCCAUAAGAUCAGGGGCCUUCACACCCUCUGUUGUGAGAAUCAAGCGGUACUCCUUGGCUCCGGGCUCCAUUCUGCUGCAGAUGUCGUCCGCUUGCGGAACACCCUGCUGUGACAGUCGGGCAAGCUCACCCUGUCCUCUUACGCCCCGUGCCCGGCACAAACCCCCUCCAACCCAACUCUCCCUGUUAACGGCCAUUCUCAGGAAAGGUCGUCUGCCUGUCCUGUCCUCUGCUUUUCAAAGACCUUACACACCCUGCUGGCCCAUCAGUCCAGUUAACAUGUCCUCUUGUUCAGCAUGCUCAGCUGCCUCUUCUGUUGCACCCAUGAAUGUGUCCAAAGCAAAGUCUUGUUCCUCCAUAGAUAGACCCUGUACUGAGUCUUGCCAGGUUUCAAAGACACAACUACGGAAACCAGACCAUAGUUCUCUUUCAGCAUCAUCAGUGGUCAAGACACCCAAUGAAAGCCCACUAAUGAAACCACAAGAAAGACUUGAAUCAUAUCAACAUUUCACGAGUACUAGCAUCGUCUUACCAACAAAACACAGCCCUUCACCAAGCUCUCCUACAGUCCAGACUGCCAAUGCUCAUCUGUCUGAAUCAGGUCACAAAGGAAAUCGUUUACCGACAGUUCCUAGCUCUCUUUUGUGUAGCUCCAUAUCUCAAAUGAACUCCUCAUCUGCUAAAUCAAGCUCUCUGUCUUGCUCCAGCACCGAGAGCCAGAAAAAUCCAUCAAUGCCAGGGGAUCGCCAUGCAUCUAUAGAGCCAAACAAAUCUUUAGCAUCCUUAAUACAGAAUGAUGAAACAAAAUCCCAUGAUAGGUCAGAAAAAUAUUCACCGGCAUUAAAACAGGGUCAGAAGUCAUCUGAUCUCUCCAAUGAACCAUAUCUGAAAGAUAGAGGAAGUUCAUCUGACAAUUUAGACUCCUCUGUACCACAACCUGCACAAAAUUCAUGUAAAUCUUCCUCCUUUCCUACUCUGAAACACACAAUUGAAUCGCACAGUAAUUCCAUAUCUCCUGUUUUAAGUCACAAGGAGAAUAAACAAAGUACUCUUUUCCAAAAUGGCCGCAAAAAUUAUGUUGAAAGAGUGCACCUAUCAUCCCCAGCUUUUAGACUGUCUCCCUGUACCAGACCCGUGGGUCUCACCCACCUGUCCUACACACCUCCAGUCUCUCCUGCUUGUCCCCCAGUCUACCCAAACUCGCGCUCCUCCACCCCAGAUCACUGCACCCUCUCGCCCUCCCCAAGCCGUCAGCUCUCCCCCUCCCCCUCAUACUCCUUCUGUUCAUCACCUUCUCCAUCCCUAUGGGGCAGCACACCAGACUGCGCAGAUGGGGACUGUAAAAAUAGAAAGACAUACAAGAUCAAAUCCACCUACAAGGCACUUGCUGCUAUUCCCACAAAUACUCUGCUCCUGGAACAGCAGACUAUAGAUGAAGAGGUCAACAAGAAAGAGGCUUCACUCGACCCUGCGGACAACUACUCUUGGGAGGACCCACAUGCAGAGAUGUGCUCUCCUGUGCAGCUGCGUCAGCAGACUGCAGAACUGUAUGCAACCAUUGAUGAAGUCCUCGAGGACUCGAUCCAAAGACAUCAAUCAGAGCAUGUGAACAAAGCCAAUGUGAAGUCUUUGGCAGCAGAGGCAUCAAGGCCACAGACGUCAUCACCAUCUCCAAAAAUAUUGGGACGGGAAACAAGAUAUGAUCUUCCAGCUGUCACGGUGUAGUGCAGGAGUGAAUGCACGAAGCAGAAGAAUAAGGAGAAACAGUCUUUAAUAAUCCACAUGGGGUAAUCCAUCACAGGAGGGUAGCGCAAACACAUAUCCAUAGACGAGACCGGACAAACAAACACUGAACAGAAUGCAACUUAUAUGGGGAACGUAAAUGAGGAUAAUGAUUAGACACACCUGAACAUAAUGACACAAUCAACAGGAGACAGAAACUAGGUCACACAGAGCAUAUGGGGAAUGAAAAACACAACAAAACGUCCGUAACUGUGACACCAGCCAUGUUUAAUUCUUGUUUUUACAAUAAGGCUACAUAAGGUGGCUUGUGUGAGGUUGCAGGUUUUCUGACCUUUACUGAGGUAUUCACUUUAUAAUAAUGGUAUUUUACAGCAUGUUUACAUUCUGAGUGCAACAUUUCAUCUCGCCUGGACAAUUGGAGAAAAUUUUCUU